AUGUCAACAGCAUCUCCUUCUUUGAGUUUGGAAGAAUCUAAGAAAAAGCAGCUUCGACAAUACAAGGAAAUAAUACGAAUAAGCAAAGCCCAGUCGGCCCGUAUUAAGGAUCUUCAAUUGGAAAAUGAACGGUUGCUGUCGGAAAACAUUGACCUUAGAUCCGUUGCAAUCAAUUUAGAAGAACAAUUGGAGUCUCAGCAGAUUAAAAACGAAGGACUACAGGAGAAGGUUAAUUCACUUUUGUCAAAAUGCCAAGGGGAAGCCGAAACUUUUAUAAAAUCAAUAAGUCAAUAUCGUCAAGAUGCUCAAGAAUUCUUUCAAGCUUGGGAAUCUCAGUCGACAAGAGAAGUUGAAACGGACGAAGAAGAUCUUGAUGAGGAAACUUUUGUUAAAGAAACAGAGGAUAUAUUGAAAGAGGCUAAUGAGGACGUAUCUAUAAAAAAUUUGAGUUGUUUAUUAGACAAUAGUGGUAACCAAAACGACCAUUCGAUUAACGCUUCCAAAAAAGCGUCCAGUUCACUUACUGAGAACCACGAAACAAACAAAGAGAAAGAAAUUUCCGAAGAAAGAAGUACCGGUGGACCUGCCGAAGCGAGGUCUCACAAUGAGCGAAGAGAAGAAACCCGUGAUUCCUCAAAUGGCAGGAAAUCAUACCAAUUAAUUUCCAACGGUCCAAAAUCUGUCGAAACGAAUGAAAUCAAUGUUCAUGAUGACUUGCACGACCAAACAAUUGAUUUAAGCUCGAGAACUUUGAAUAAUAUAAAUUCGAGAAACUCGGAUAUCGUCCCUGUUAAUGCUGAGCGGCACAUGGCAUCCUCCACUCCUUUCAAUACUACUAAUGAAGCUUCCGUUGAGGCAAAACUGAAUCGUAAAUCAAAUGCUUCAGGACCGCAAGUAAUAGGAAUAAGUAAUGAUACUAAUCCUAUUCAACAACAAACAAAAAGUCGUUCAUUAGAUCAGGUUUCUCGGGCUGUAGAACAUCAGCCUUCAUCCCCAAAACAAUCUGAUACUCCGUCAACCUAUCCUACUAAUUCUGAGAUGAUACAAAAUCCCGAAAAGUCAGUUUCCCAAUCAAUCCCUACGCCGGAGUUAUACUCGCAUACAGCCGACAUAAAAUUACAAGAAUCACAUAGAGUCAACACUCAUCCGCACUCACAAGUUCUUCCUGAAAAGAGGAAAAGCUCCUUAUCAAGGCUACCCGCCAAUUCAGACACAUCGGAGAGCGAUGAGCCAUUAAGCACUUUAAAAAAUUCGAAUGGUAGAUUUUCAAGUGAGCCGCCUCGGAACGGUGGACUGGUGACUAGCGGAGAUAACUCAACAGCUUCUAAUCCGCUUUGGCUUCAGGGAAUCUUGAACAACCGUGCGUCACCUAAUAGAGUUUCAUCAAAGAAAACACCAAAUUCAACGCACAACCAGCACAAUCAAGAGUCCCUGUAUGACAAUCUCCAAUUGCUGUCAACGGUAACCAAUCUGAGGUUUUUCGAAACGCAUGCAAAAGAUGAAAAAAAUAUAGUAAAGGAAAAAAAGGAAGAACCACCCUUAAAAAAAACGAAAAGAGGAAGGCCUCCAGGAAGCACAAAUAAAACAGUGGUACCCAGUAGUCCUGAACAGCAGAGUCGCUCCGCCUCCGAGGAAUUAAAUGAUGGAAGAAGUAGACGAGAGAGAAAGCGUGUCAAUUAUGCCCUUCCAGGACUUCGUACAAAAAUGCGGAGGGAUUUUAAUUUGCCUACUGACCACUCCAAACCACGAAAGCAUAGACGUGCUAAAACACCCGAACCCAUGGGUGAGGAACCAGAUAGCUAG